GUUUAUAUUUCAAAGAAAAGAGAAGAAAAAAAGGAAAAUCGCAAUGUCUAACCUGCGCCGCCUAAUCUCAUCACCGUCACCGGCACCGCCGGCGGCAACAAUCAUCUCCACCGUCGUCCGAUCGUCGAACACUUUAAGCCGAUUAAUUUCUACUUCAACUGAAAACAUUCAAACCGACAAAAACGAAGAAGAUCAGAUGAAACAAGCAGUUGCAGAUGAUGAUCAUGAAAGCAAACAAGAAGUUGAAGAUGAAGAUGAACCUGAUAUCAAUAAAGAAACCGGUGAAAUCGGAGGUCCACGUGGCCCCGAACCUACUCGAUUUGGUGAUUGGGAACGUAACGGCCGUUGCUCUGAUUUUUAAGCUUAUUUUGUUACCAUAAUUUAUGCGAAUUGUGAUUCAAAUUAUAAUAAAGUUAGGGUUUAUGCGAUUGCUUUGCUCA